AUGCACGAACGAUCUGCGGUACAUUUACGAGCUAUAAACAAGUGGUUUCAAACUGAACAAAAUUUUCGCACUGGCAAUCUACUUGAUAAAGACUUUCCGAGGAAAUUCCGAUACUUUGUACACACCGCACGCAAGAUUGUAAAAUAUGGAAUUCUAGUUCGUAUACUGUGCGAAAGUACUACAGGCUACAUGUGUCAUUUCGAAAUAUAUUGUGCUCAAGGAAAGCGAUUGAUAGAAACAAUUGAAACGGUUGUAUCACCUUAUACAGACUUGUGGCACCAUAUCUACAUGGAUAACUAUUACAACAGCGUGGAAAAUACUGAAAAGCUAUUACAAAAUAAAAUUAGAAUUUGCGGCACUAUUCGAAAAAACAGAGGACUUCCGGAUUGCCUAAAAACCAUUUCAUUGAAAAGAGAAGAAAUGGCCUUCAGAAGAAAACGAGACAUUUUAGUACAAGUAUGGCAAUCAAAGAAAACAGUGUCUCUCAUAUCGACAAUACAUUCAUCUAAAAUGGAAGAAAGUCAUAAUAUUGAUAGAAACACGAGGGAAAAAAUAGUGAAACCUAACGCGCUGAUUGACUAUAAUAAGUAUAUGAAAGGCGUUGAUCGGGCUGACCAAUAUCUAUCAUAUUACUCCAUUCUAAGACAAACAACCAAAUGGACAAAAAAAGUUGCUAUGUACCUUAUAAAUUGCGCAUUAUUGAACUCAUUUGUUGUUUAUAAUUCCCUGUCCAUUGGCUUACUGAUGAAAUUCCACCAGAAGCUGAUCAAGACUCAGAAGAACCAAUACCAUCAACAUCCGGCAUUAGAAAAAAAAGCUGCAAAGGACGACCCUCCAGGGAGACUUUCUAUGGACAUGAGGAAACAUACAUUAGAACCCAUCGUGGGAACUGGAAAAAAGAAAAAUACUUUACAACAAUGUCGAGGUGUGCUCCGUUAA